AGUGUUUAUGGAGGAAUGUGACCGUGUUCAGAGUAUGAGAGAUGGGACGGAUUGAUUGCACCGUACCAGGUAUUGAAGAGGGGACCUAGAGAGAUCCUGCAACAGAAGCAGACGUCUCUUUUUCUGCACAAAAGCGUUGUUAACUUGCAUUCGACUGGAAGUGGUUUGUCCACACACGCUUUGAGAAACAGUGACUGUGACGUAGGGGCAGGCAGACUAUUAUGGAGAUGGAGUCAUUGAGAGUGCUGCUCAGGGGCCAUGAGUUGUGUCUUCUUUUCUCUUCUGUGUAAUUUACCCACCUGGACUUCAGCAACACCCUCCCCUCACCUAUGCCUCCAGGACCAUGGGCAGUGUCAGCAGCCUCGUGAACGGCAACGACCUCAACAGCAGAGACUGCAAGGCGUCUGAACAUCAGUUAAAAAAGGGAACACAUCCUCAAAGAAGGAGCGGAGGUUGCAGCCUAGACGAGUUACUGAAGUGUGGCUUUACUCAGGGCCCCACCCAACCCUCCAAAGGAUUGUCCCACUCCCGCUCAGGACGAAGUGAAGACUUUUUUUACAUCAAGGUGAGCCAUAAACCGAGGUCAGCGUACUACAGAGGACCAAUGGAAGACCAUUCAGGUGGGAAGAACAGAGAUGGGGAAUCAGAAGGGCGACAGCAACCAAAACUGCUGCUCAAGUCAGGAAAUAUAACUGAAAAGACCUCUGCUGACAAGUCAUUGGUCCGUUCCACUGCCUUCAAGCCCGUGACUCCCAGGAGUACGUUCUCCACGGAGACAGGCCACAACAGCCUGGACCACAUCCUCUAUCCUCUGGAGAAAACCAGGAGUUCAGACAUCAGACAUAAGCAGGACACCUUCUCAGGGACUCAUUCUGACUCUGGACGUAACUCCAUGUCCAGCUUGCCCACCCACAGCACCAGCGGCAGCCUAAGUGCUUCCACGGGCCCCGUCAGUCACAGCGAUGGCAGCUCAGCUCCCGCACACAGCCUCAGCAAGGGAGCGCUGCCCAAUUUCCCUCCAUGGGUCAACGGGAAUAGCACUAACCUUGACUGUAGCUCCAGGCCUGGUCUAAAUAGCGCAGGGUUGGCGUGUAAGGCUAAUGGGGACGCUGGCUCCCCACUUUCUGCUGCAGAUGAGCCAAGAGCGCUCUCUGAAACUGCGGGUGGGAUCCGGUCCCCCAUUACUCCAGAUGAGUCACUGAUUGAGCGUUUGGAACAAAGGCUGCUGGAGAGAGAGACUGAACUGCAGGAGCUACAGGUGAGUUUUGAAGACAAGGAAUCCGAAACCUGCCAGCUGUUUGAGGAAAGACAGCAGUACUGCUCUGAGGAGAUGGAGGGGCUGAAGCAGCGAUGCUCCACAAAGCUUCGGCAAGUUUCCCAAAUGGCUGCGAAAACCCAGCAAGCAUUCCAGCUCCAGGUCAGCCAGCUCCAGGCUGAGAAGGAGAGGCUUCAGGCGGAUGUGGCCAAGCUCACACAAGAGAAGGAUCUUGUGGAGCUCAGGCUGAGGUGUUAUGCGACAGAGAGUACGCAGCUCGCCCCAACACUUGAGGAGACUCAAUGGGAGGUGUGCCAGAAGUCAGGAGAGAUCUCCCUGUUGAAGCAGCAGCUCAGAGACGGCCAGGCGGACGUCAAACACAAGCUGAACGAGAUCGUCAGCCUCAGGGCGUCACUGAAGGAAAACACGGCAAAGAUGGAGAUGCUCGAGAGACAGAAUAAAGACCACGAGGAGAAACUUCACUGUCGCACCAGAGAGGUGGAGGUUUGCCAAAAUGAACUCCAGCGGAAGAAGAAUGAGGCUGAUUUGCUGAGAGAGAAAGCAGGAAAACUGGAGAAAGACAUUCAGGGAAUGAAACAGGAUCUGGCCAUCGCCAAAGAGCAAAGGCAGCAGCAGAGUUUGCAAACUGAGGCUCAGACUCAGGCCUUAGAGAGACUAAACCAAGGCUCAGACUCCCCCACCCGAGGCCAAGGGGAGGAGAGCAACGGACACAUGUCCACCGAAUCUCUCCAGAGGGAAGUGGAGAGAAUGAAGCAGCAGCUCAGGGAGGAGAAGGACGCUCAGGAGAAACUGGCCAGCUGCUUCGAGCAGGAGAGGCUAACGUGGAACAAGGAGAAAGACAGAGUCAUCAAGUACCAGAAGCAGCUCCAGAUCAACUACCUGCAGGUGCACAGGAAAAACCAGGACCUGGAGCGGAUCCUGAAGGAGCUGACCGCCGAACUGGAGAGCCGGACGGAGCUCGGUAUGGACAUGAACUACAGCUCAGGGCUUCAGACAUACGAAGACGUUAUAGCCACAGAGAUUUGAUGGGAGCACUCGCACACGUUCAGUGAAAAUGAACCGAGCACUUGACUAUUUUUUUUCACCACAGAUAUUUAUGAUAACAGCUGGACUUCCUUCACUGCCUAUUAGUGUUUUACACGGGUUAUUUAAUAGUAUGUGCAUAGCGUAGUGUACUUUGCGUCCAGGGGACAGAAGAAAAUAGCUUUUUGUAAAGACAAUGUUAGUACUUGUUUGCUAUGGAAUCAGAUUUGUGCCAAUAAGCUCAAGCAAAACUUCUUUAGUAACAAGUGAGGCAAUAAAAAGUAAUGUCAAAAGUUAAAAUUGUAUAACUUGCAAAAAAAUAAAUUGUUUUAUCCUGUAGAAUAUAUUUGUUAUCCUUUUUUAUAACAUAUGUUUGUUCCCUUACAAUAUACAUACUUCUUAAGUUAUAAUUCUUUCGCUUUACUGUGUUUUAUUUUCUCUUGAAUUCUUAUUUUUGCUUGAUUUAUUGGCACAAAUAUAAUUCCUCAGUUUAAGGUAAACAAUAAGUUAAUUAAAAAAUGUUUUUACCAAGAUGUCUAAAAAGAUUACCCAUAAUUUGGAUCAUUUAUCAUGUAGUAUUUGGUCAAUGACACAUCUGAUCGGAUCGGAUGACAAGCUGAUGUAUCUGUUUUAUGAUUAACUUCUAAUGCUAACACACGAUAAGCAUGACAGUGACGUAUCAUCUGUGAGCCUUAACAGACUUUUACACAUGACUGUGUGCAUGGAACAUCGAUAAAAGCCAUUUCAUGAGCCAUUAAAAAACAAAACACAUGUCUUAUGAUACAAAUAUUUGUUAUACCCACUCAAAUGUAAAAGGAAAUGUGGUUUACACUUCCAACAACAUGUUAAUAUCAUAUAAAGUGUUAUGCAUUUUAACCCUUAAAUUCAAUUCAACACUA